CGGUUACUUUGGUCGGUUCGGAUCGGCCAAACAGACCAAAUGCUUAGCCCUACUUGAAACAUCCCCAGCUUGCUUGCAUCCUUUACAUUUGUUAAUUAAUUUCCCCAUUUCUUAAGUCAUCUUCGGUGGCGAAUUUUCCAUCGAUUGUAAGAAACCGCAAUUCCCUAAAGAAGAAAAAGUUUGUAGGCUUCUGUGAGUGUGAGCGAAAUGAUGGAGAUUGAUAGGGCAGAUGGCCGUACGCCGAACCAGCUGAGACCUCUCGCUUGCUCCCGUAACAUCCUUCACCGUGCCCAUGGCUCUGCUAGUUGGUCUCAGGGAGAUACAAAGGUUCUAGCUGCUGUUUAUGGACCUAAAGCUGGAACAAAGAAGAAUGAGAACCCUGAGAAGGCCUGCAUUGAAGUCAUUUGGAAGCCUAAAACAGGACAGAUUGGAAAACUGGAAAAAGAAUAUGAGAUGAUACUGAAGAGAACUUUGCAGAGCAUAUGCAUUUUGACUAUCAACCCGAAUACAACCACAUCAGUUAUAGUUCAGGUUGUUCAUGAUGAUGGUGCUCUUCUGACAUGUGCCAUAAAUGCAGCAUGUGCUGCCCUUGUGGAUGCUGGAAUUCCUAUAAAGCAUCUUGCUGUUGCAAUAUGUUGUUGUUUGGCAGAAGAUGGAUAUGUUAUACUGGAUCCCACCAAAUUGGAAGAACAGCAGAAAAUGAAGGGAUUUGCAUUUUUAGUCUUCCCAAACUCAAUUCACUCUGUUCUACCAGAAGGUUCAUUGCUUGUGGAAGGUGAACCUGUGGAACAUGGGAUCAUCACCUCUGUCACCCAUGGUUUGAUGUCAGUGGAAGAAUAUCUCAAGUGUCUAGAGCGAGGGCAUGCUGCCAGUGCAAAGUUGUCUGAUUUUCUUAGGAGGAGCUUAAAAUUACAACUUCCAAGUGACUCAUCAAAAGCUAAAUGAAUUGAAAUAUAUGAUUAGAAGUAUACUGCAUACAGUCUCGUCUAUUUACCCAUACGAGCUCUUGACCAGCACUGGCUGUGGGUAUUGGCGGCUGUACUUUUUUGGACUUUGACCCAGAGAGAUUUGUAAUGGUUGUAUCAAAACUGCAUUAUAUGCAGUAUAUGGAAGUCUUAACCCUCAUUUUGAUCGUCUUUCAGAUCCAAUGGUAUUGAAAUGUUUGUUAUAUAGUAAAAAACUGUAUUUUACAAUGUUCA